AUGGCAAACGUAGCCUCAGCCGCGAAUCGUAAAGCCGUACUUUAUAAAACGGGAGAAUCGCACUUGCUCACGAUUGCACUAUACUUGAAAAAAUUGCACGACAAUGGUGACCUUAGAUCCUGCGAUGUUGAGUUACGUACGGAUGGAGGCAAAGAAAAAAUUCACUCUGCAGUGUUAGCUGCGCACAGUCCAAAAGUGGCAAAGUUACUCGCUUCAAGCAAUGAUAAUCUGCGGAUUGACAUGAGCGGAUUUCGAAAAGCAUCUAUCGCUAAAGUUAUUCACUGGCUCUACAACGGAGAAGUCGAGCUGCUUCCUGAACAUUUGGCCGAUGAUUUGUCAACUACCAAUUAUCUUGGCGUAACUACAUUACAUGAACAGCUAGAAGCUACACUCAGGAACAUGGCCUGCUCAAAUGAGAAUAGAAUUGAAGCCAUGAAUAUAGCAACGAAUCCAAAGUGCGGAGUGUCCACGCCGACAAAAAAUACAAUUUUGGCAGUAAUCUAUGAAAAGCAAUUUAAAAUUACUGCUGCCGAAAUAAUGUGCUUGCAGCCAUGGACGGUCAAAGCGUUGGUCUCCGCAUCCGUUUCAAGGCCCGUAAAGAUUGCUUUGAUAAACUUGGCACUCAACUGGAUACGGCAUCCAAAAAAUUUGCCGUGGCUAGAUGGUGUUCUUCGAGAUAUCACCAUUGCUGAUAUGAAUUACAAUGAGCUAAAUGCAUUUAAGAAGACUAUCAGAACGGCUCUACGUAAUCCAACCACAAGGCGAUAUAUCACAAUCUCCAUAGACAAACUCGGACGCGUUGCUAUACGCUCGGAUAAACAAAGUUUCUAUCGAAAUGCUGGCAAAUAUGUGGACAAUCUCGAGCCGAAAGCCUCUGACAUCGCUCAACAACAAGCUAAAGAUAUUGUAUUGCUUUCGGCUGAAGACUCCGAGGAGGAUGAUGAUGAUCUUCCUUCUUACAGAGUUUCACUAGAGUCAAAACCCUUUAUUGUAGCUGAAGAAAAGCAACCAGGAAAGUCUAUAGCUACUCCCAAAUCUACGGUGGCCGAGAAAGUAAAUGAACAGAUUAAAGAGCAUAGUGUGGAUACGAAACUGGAGAAGCCCAAAAAGAAACAAAUGUCAAAGAGACAGCGGUCGCAAAAUAGCCAACAUUCAAGAACGAAAAAGAGUGAAGAAAAGGGUGUUCUGCCUGAAAUGAAGCUGUCUUACGAAUGUAUACCUGAAGAUAUCCCUUCUUCGCUUCCCAAAUCCUACUAUGCUUUCUGA